AUGGCCGCCAUCAUCACCAUCAUCACCCGCCAGCCCGAAGGUCUGAAGCAGCUACGUAAACACGGCCUGACGGGCUCGUGCCGCAGAAGUCGACAUGGAGGAUGUGUUCAUGGCAGACGCCACCCGUCCAGCAACCAGGCCGAACGCGCGGUGCGGCAACGGAGAAGGGAAGCGGCGGUGUACAGUGAGGGUGACGCGCCGCUGACACAGGACAAUAUCUUCCAACGGCAGCCUUCGAAUGUAGGACUGGGAGCUGGAUCUGCAUCUGCAUCUGCAGUAGGGGCUGCGCCGGAUGCGACGGAUACAGCAGUCGAGGCGAGACAGGCGAGGAUGGACGAGGAAGAGGAGAGGGAGGAGGAGCUACUGGCGCUGGCGUUGCAGGAGGUGAGGGAUAUGAAUUCGCGAGUGCAACAGCAGUCUAGCGCACAGCACUCUGGGAGGAUGAGUAGCGUCUGGCAGUGGUUGACGAUGAACUUGGGGCGUGUGUGA